UUUCAUAGGGGGGGGCUGUUACCAGUAGUGAAAAAGUUGGAGAACAUGUUUCAAAACACACGUUUUGUACAGCAGAAUCGUUUAAACAGAGGAAGACUGAGAAGCAGGAGAUGAGAGCCACUCAACGUGCCUGGAUAAUGAGGAUUUAUUGACAGCAUAGCUUUAGCUCCGUGUCAAAGUGAUCUUCCGGAUUAACGUCCGGACGUGUGGAGCGCGUUUUGGAGAGCUCUUCCCUGACCGCGUCUCUCACACUGCCAUGCGUGCUGGUCCUCUGUGCUGCUCGGCUCAAAAGCACCUCGGCAGGAGGGUGGGGGUCCAUGAAGUGUUACCUCUGACCAGCAGCUUUCAGCAUGGAAGAUACACCCCCGACCCAAGUCUGACUUCUAGAGGUUUUUAGUGUUUAAAGCUCGGAAUAUGGAUAGCUCCACGAACAGCCUGGACGACGUGUCCCCGGACGGCGGCGGCGAGGUCCUGCAUCGGACCUCCUUGAUGGAGGUGCGUCUGCAGGCUCAGGAGGACGACAUCGUGCUGCUCAAGGCCUCGCUGGCCGACGCCCUCCGCAAGCUGCGGCUCCACGACCAGCUCAUCGCCCUGCUCAAGGAGCACGUGGUGACAGCAGUGAUCCCGGAGGCGUCGUUCGCCACCAACCACCCGCCGGGCUACCCGGGGCCCUCGUACCCCAUCAGGAGCCGGCGCUCGGCCAGCGUCACCGCCGAAACCCUGCGCUACGCGGCCUGCAGCGAUCUGACCGCCAGCCAAGUUUCAAACAGUGUGGGCGUCCACGGCAACGGGAACGGCCACGUCGGGGCCCCGGUGUCCCGGGAGCCCGGGGAGCCCUGGACCCUGGCCGCACUGCUGGACAAGUCCACCCAGACAGAGCCCGCCGCCGCCGCCGCCGCCGCCGCGUGGGGGCCCCCCGGGGCCCUCCCGCCCCUCUGCAGGGCCGUCCAGAGCCUGCAGCUGGAGGACGCUCUGUUCCUCCCCUCUCCGGCCGCGCCCCCCCGGGGCCCCCAGGGGGAGGGCCCCCGGGGGAAGCUCCACCGCAACCCGGGUCUGGAGGAGGAGGACGAGGAGCUGGGGGAGGCCGGGGAGGAGCCGGAGGAGGAGGAGGAGGGGGAGGAGGAGGAAGAGGAGGAGGAAGGAGGAGGAGGAGGAGGAGGAGCAGCAGCGCGGGGGGGCAAGGAGGAGCCGGUGCGGCCGGCGGCCGUGGUGCGCAGGCUGCUCCGGAAGGAGGACUCCCACGACACCAGCAGCAGCUCCACCGAGGAGCCCGGCCCGGCCCCCCCGGCCGCGGCCCUCACCCGGCCCGACCCGGGCCCCGGUCAGACCCGUGGGGCCCGGCCCAACACCCCCAACCUGCUGGGGGAGAAGAAAACUCUGGUCCGACGGAACAGUGAGAAGGUGGGGAAGGACCUCCUGGACAGGACCAAGAAGCGUCUGGACAAGAAGGCCUUGUCCACUGCCAACCUGUACUCCCGCUCCAGCAGCCUGGAGACUCGGGCCAAAGACAUGAUAGCCAGCACAGCGAAUUCCGGGUCGCGGAGAGGAACGUACAGCCAAGAACAGUCCACCAAGAUGUUCAUCCGGGGACGCCCCAUCACCAUGUACAUCCCCUCCAACAUACAGAACUACGAGGACCUGAAGAUGGAGCUGCCCUCCGCCAAGCUGGAGCUAGACUGGGUCUAUGGCUACCGGGGUCGGGAUUGCCGUGCCAACCUGUACUUCCUGCCGACGGGCGAGGCGGUGUACUUCAACGCCUGCGUGGUGGUGCUGUACCACAUCAACAACCGCACACAGCGGCACUACCGCAAGCACACCGACUGCGUCCGCUGUCUGACACUCCAUCCCGAUAACGUGCGCGUGGCGUCCGGCCAGACGUCCGGCGUGGAUAAGGACGGAAAGCCACUCCAGCCGUGUGUCCACAUCUGGGACUCUAACACGCUGGUCACCCUGCAGCUGAUCGGCCUGGGAACCUUCGAGAGGGGGGUGGGCUCGGUGGCCUUCUCCAUCGCUGACGCCGGGGCCGUCCUCUGUGUGAUCGACGACUCCAACGAGCACAUGAUGUCCCUGUGGGACUCCACCAAGGGGACCAAGCAUGCCGAGGUCAAGAGCACCAAUGAGGCUGUGUUCGCCGUGGAGUUCAACCCGGUCGACGGCAGCAACAUCAUCACCUGCGGAAAGUCCCACGUGUACUUCUGGACCCUGAGCGGCGGGCAGCUCACCAAGAAGCAAGGCAUCUUUGGAAAAUACAAGAAGCCCAAGUUCAUCCAGUGCUUCAUCUUCAGCCUGACGGGGGACGUCCUCACCGGGGACUCGGAGGGGAACAUCCUGACCUGGGGGAAGUCCGCGGCCGACGUGAAGACCCUGGGGAAAGGCGCUAAAGAGACCCUACAGAUCAUGCGGCAGACCAAGGCCCACGAGGGCAGCGUGUUCACCCUGUGCGCCCUGCAGGGCGGCGGUCUACUCAGCGGCGGCGGCAAGGACCGCAGGAUCAUCCGCUGGAGCGCAGACCUGGCCCCGGAGAGAGAGUGUGAGAUCCCUGAGCAGUUCGGAGCAGUCCGUACCAUUGCGAAUGUGGACGGGGAGGAGCUGUUAGUUGGUACAACCCGGAACGCUAUCCUGAGGGGCACCUUUUCACAGGGAUUCGUGGCCAUUGUGCAGGGUCACAUGGAUGAGAUGUGGGGCUUGGCCACACAUCCCUCCCAGAAUACCUUCCUCACCUGCGGCCACGACAGACAGGUGUGUCUGUGGAACACAGAGGAACACAAGCUGGACUGGUGCACUACACUGGAGGAGUACGGCUUGUGUGCAGACUUCUGUCCAAAUGGCGCCGUGGUCUCCGUGGGCCUCUGCACUGGCAGGUGGUUGGUCCUUGACCUGCUGACCAUGGAGGUGGUCACAGACCUAACGGACGGGAACGAGCAGCACUCUGUCAUGAGAUAUUCUCCAGAUGGCAGCUAUCUAGCUGUGGGUUCCCAUGACAACUUUAUCUACAUCUACACUGUGACGGAGAGUGGCAGGCGCUACACCCGUUUUGGCAAGUGCAACGGCCACUCCAGCUUUAUAACGCACCUUGAUUGGUCCAAAGAUGGGAAUUACAUCAUGUCAAAUUCGGGCGACUAUGAGAUCCUCUAUUGGGACAUCACUGGAGGUUGUAAACUAUUGAGGAACCGCUUCGAGAGCAAAGACCGGGAGUGGGCCUCCUACACCUGUGUGCUGGGCUUCCACGUCAUGGGCGUCUGGCUGGAGGGCUCGGACGGCACCGACAUCAACGCCCUGUGCCGCUCCCACAGCGAGAGGCUGGUGGCCGUGGCCGACGACUUCUGCAAGGUCCACCUCUUCCAGUACCCCUGUCCAAAGCCCAAGGCCCCGAGCCUGAUGUACGACGGCCACGGGAGUCACGUGACCAAUGUGUGCUUCACGCACAGCGACGACCACCUGCUCUCCAUGGGGGGCAAGGACACCUGCAUCCUCCAGUGGAAGGUGAUCGGAUGUGGGGGAGGGGGAGGAGGAGGAGGAGGAGGAGGUGGAGGAGCCGGCAGCCGCGAGAGACUGGCCUCCACCUCCACCAGCUCCCCAGAACCGACCACUAGCUGAAGGGAAGGGAAUCCCUUCGGCCAUGGACUGCUUAGAGCAGCCUUGUUUCACGGGCCUCGUUUUGGUGGACUCUCCUGAGGUCAUAAAUGCUUCGGCCACCAGAGGGCGACGUAGGUCUUGCCUCUGUCUUUUUUCUUCAUCGCUGACGUCCCCAACGAAAACGAUCAAACGCUCAGAAGAGACAAAGCAUUGCCACAUUGGAACAUUUCAUUGGGAAUGUUGCCAAUAAGAAAAGCAUAAUCACGCCAUACUCUAUCGAUUCCCAACAUCUUACUGUUCUUGUGGGGUUGGACAUUUAAUAACUGGACACCAUGGCAUCACAAUAGGAAUGUGCACAAUCUACUCAUGCUCUCCCAAAAGCCCAGGCCACACUUGGCAACCAUCUUAUGUCGUUUUAAAUUAAAGUCCAUAAAGAUGUGGAACAUAAAAACUGUUUACCAGGGCUGCCAGUGAUAUUCUAUUACGUAUAACAAUGCAGAUGUUGUACUUCAAUAUAUAAUGAGACAUGGCUAUGCUAUAACUGUUGCAGGCCUACAUUGAGAUGCCGAUUAGAUCAUUGUAUGCGGUAUUUACGGUAUUACAACUGUCAUACAAUGUUAUCUUUACAGUAAACUCCUGACCACCUACAGCCACUAAAUAUACAUUUAGUAUUGAGUGUGUUGUUUAUAGAAUGGAUUUCCUGAAACAGAUGACGUUCUUAAUGUUUACUGUGUGAGUGAGUGAUUGUGUGUGUGUGUGUGUGUGUGUGCGUGUGUGUGUGUGUGUGUGUGUGUGUGCAUGCAUGCGCAUGUGAACAUAGAGAGAACCAGAAUGCAAAAUAGAACGGUUUAGAAGGAGAAGUUAGAUGUUCCACUUAACCUUGCCUAUCGUGUAGUGCGUCAUAGUUUUUUUUCUGUCCAAUAGAUAGAGAACAUUACUUGAGGGUUGACCGAAGUAAAGCUGUAGAAGAUCCAAUACGUUGCGUUAUGCAACAUGUUUUACAUGCCAAAGAAGAAGGAAAGGGCUGAAAAGGAGGGAAAGAGAAAUACUGAGAUGAGAAAUAAACUGUGUAAUGGAUGUAAAGAAUUCCAGUGAAGCAUAUUGUGUAUAAUCAUGUUCACACUGCCAUAUGACUUGUGAAGACCGCUUCCAUUACAAAUACCAACAAAUAACAUUCCAUUGUGUGUUUUUGUUUCUAUUUGCACGCUUUUUCUGUUUACUAGGAACCAGCAAUCAAAAAAUAGUGAUGGCAUAUUUGGAUCUUAAAUGUGGGUACCUCUGAAUUCAUUAUUAUAUAACAAUAACAGCUUAUUGUUUGUGUGUCUAUUACUGUGAUACAAAUAUGUAAGUUGAAUAUGGGAUAUCAAUACAUUUAAUGAUUACAUUUCUGUAUUUCUUUCAUUAAAAGACGAUGGAGACUG